ACUCGGCCACAAACCGGAAGUGGCAGAGUUUGAGGCGUUUUGAGGGAGCGUUUGAGGCGCUUGAGUCGAAGCGAGUGAAGCGAGAAAAGGCCUGUUUUUGUUCCUUUUGAAGCCGGGGACUCUCUUGUUUUCCUUCAGCCCCGAGAGGAGUCACUGAAGCGAGCGCCAUGGGGAAAAGGCAGCACCAAAAGGACAAAAUGUACAUAACUUGUACGGAAUAUACACAUUUUUACGGAGGAAAAAAAGCAGAAAUUCCACAGUCCAACUUCAGGCGCCUACCUUUUGACCACUGCAGCUUAUCUUUGCAGCCAUUUGAAUAUCCCGUUUGCACACCAGAAGGCAUCAUCUUCGACUUGUUAAAUAUCGUCCCUUGGAUAAAGAAGUAUGGAACGAACCCAAUCACAGGAGAAAAAAUCGAUGCCAAAUCGCUCAUCAAGCUGAACUUUGCUAAAAACAGUGAUGGUAAAUAUCACUGUCCAGUGCUCUUCACCGUGUUCACCAAUAAUUCCCACAUUGUGACAAUCAAGACGACGGGAAAUGUGUUUGCUUAUGAGGCGGUCGAACAACUGAAUAUAAAAACAAAGACUUUCAAGGACCUGCUAACAGAUGAGCCCUUUACUAGGCAAGAUAUUAUUACGCUACAGGAUCCAACCAACUUGGACAAAUUUAAUGUCUCCAGUUUUUUCCAUGUUAAAAACAACUUGAAAGUUACAGAUCCAGAUGAAGAGAAAGCAAAAUCCGACCCAUCCUAUUACUUGAAGAAUGCAAACGUUGAGACCCGAGAGACGCUCUCCGAGCUUUAUAAGGAGUUCAAAGGGGAUGAGCUUCUGGCCACGACGAUGCGGGGGCCCGAGAAAAAGAAAGUGGAUAAGCUGAAUGCGGCUCACUACUCCACUGGCAGGGUGAGCGCCUCUUUCACCUCGACCGCCAUGGCCCCCGAGACGAUGCACGAAGCAGCUGCUAUUGAUGAUGACGUGGUGCGCUACCAGUAUGUGAAGAAGAAAGGCUAUAUUCGACUGCACACCAACAAGGGAGACCUGAACCUCGAGUUGCACUGCGACAUGACCCCCAAAACCUGUGAGAACUUCAUUAAACUAUGCAAGAAGAAUUACUACGACGGGACCAUUUUUCACAGAUCGAUUCGCAAUUUUGUGAUCCAAGGGGGUGAUCCAACUGGCACCGGAACAGGAGGAGAGUCGUACUGGGGGAAGCCCUUCAAAGAUGAGUUCAAGCCCAACCUGUCGCACACCGGACGUGGCAUCCUCAGCAUGGCCAACACAGGACCCAACAACAACAAGUCCCAGUUCUUCAUCACAUUCCGCUCUUGUGCAUAUCUAGACAAGAAACACACCGUCUUUGGAAGAGUGGUUGGUGGCUUUGAAACCCUGACGGCAAUGGAAAACGUGGAGAGCGAUCCCAAAACAGACCGGCCCAAGGAAGAAAUCCGAAUUGAGUCAACGACUGUUUUUGUGGAUCCGUACGAAGAAGCCGAUGCUCAGGUUGCCAAGGAGCGAGAGAAGGCCAAGGAAGAGGAAGAGGCAGCCAAGGGGGCCGCCAAAGCCCUGGCCCCCAAGAAGGAGAGCCAGGCGCCCAAAACGUACCGCGAGGGGGUCGGGAAGUACAUUAAUAUCGCGGCUGCGAAGCGAGUGGCGGAUGACGAGGGCCCGUCCACCAGCGCAGCUGCCAAGAAAGAGAGAAAAGGCGCCGGUUUUGGAGACUUCAGUUCCUGGUAGGCAACGGAUGGUGGCCAACACAAAAGGGACCAUCCACAGCCAAGUCUGGACUCGAAAACCAUUUCCAAUGUGACAGACCAGGUUGGUGCUUUUCUUCCCACCCACAAAAAAGCACAUUCCCUUCACAUGCCUUUCAUUUUCUACGAUGGCUGUUCUUGGACAGUUUCUAACCUCUCCGUGUUGUGACUUGGUGAGCAGUCAAUAUGUCAGGGCUCCAGAGUGACGUGCAAAGGUGUGAACUGGGCUCUAUCCCUUUUCUUCAUCAGGCUGACUGAAUUGACCAGGACCAGAACAUUUUGGCACUCAGAACAUACCCAGAGACCCUGAUAAUAGGGGACAUUUGUAUAUAUUAACUAAGAUUCCUGCUCAGGAAUUACCUGUGUAUUGCUUUGGAAAAUAGCCCCUUUCUUUUACAGCUCCAUUUAUUUUAUUUUUUUAAAGAAUGCCUUGAUAGAAAAAUCGAGCUGGGGAAGAUUCCAAUUGAGUUUGUCCCGGAUCAUGCCAGCAGAGUGUUGUUAUUUUAUGAUCUUGCCAGGAAAUUAGUCAGCCAUGUUUUCUAAGAUCUUUGCAGGAGUCUGAGCUCGUUGGGAGGAAAUUAUUGCUGCGCUCGGUCAAGAACAAGCGAGAACUUCAGUGUGUAGGGUAUUAAACAAUAGCAUUUUUCUACCGAGAAGUGAAAACGAGUCCAAAAUGUGACGUUUGGACAGUUUUGUUAUAGAUCUGUUAAUAUUGUUUCUGGUAAGUCAAGAUAUAAUUUCUAAUUUAUAUUAAUGUAGGCCUUUUGAUGCUUUAACAAGCUUGUGGAACAGAAUAAAAUAGAGAUGCACAUGGUGCAUGAUAUAUUUAUAUGGACACACAUGGUCUGUUAAUUUGUGUACAUGGAGAAGACUAUACCCACCUGUCUCUGUGUUCACUCACACAAACAGCAUCAGAGAGGCCUUGUCUGUCCUAUAGUCCAAAGGUGUCCAAAGGGCUUCCUGCCACACCAGUUGUCUAAAAUACCCAUAGCAAAAUGUGAUACCAAGAAUGUGACUGUUUUGUGAGUAUACUCAACAUGUUCCAGGGGAGGAGUAACCACCAACGGAAGCAGUGAGCUCAACAAAACAACUGAAGGCUUUUAUUGUGAUACCUCAAAUAGAUACAAUAAAGUGAAACAACAAAUUGUGUACAGUAUUGCUAAGACAAAAAACCAGAAAGAAGCCACGUCAGCUGCAAAAGAAAGCAGGGUUUAAAGUGUUUCAGCAUUGAGGCACAAUUCAAUCGCCACCGAGGGCUUCUCAGAAAUCCCAGUCUGUUUAGUACAUUGUCUAGGAUGGGUUGUUUUUCGGCUAACAGUGUAUGUGGCGCUACCAAAGAAUGACCCUGGAAUGCGGUUUCAUUCCAUUUCAUUCUCGCCCCAUUGGUCUCAUAUACACACAUGUAAUGCAUAUCCACAUAGAGAUAUGGAUAUCAAAAUGUGACAAUCUGGGAAUGUCAGUAUAAAACACGUUUUAUCAUUGAAGCUUAUUAUCUCAGUCAAAAAAUAAAGUCAUAUAUUGAAAACCUCA